UGUUGACGUUCACGACGCCCGGCACGGUUUUACGUGAAACGCAACGAAUGACAAAAGCGGAGCGGUGAGGUUGGUGGUGGUCCCCGAAACAUGACUCUCGUCCCCUGGGCCCACAUGAGGAAGAUGACCGGGGAUGGGAACCUUCCCGCCGCUUAAACGUGACUUCUCCAUCACCGCCGCAACUCGACAGGAGCGUUAAAAACAAACGGAGAGGACACGUCUCUGUGUUAAUUCAGGAGAAGAUGGCGGAGUUCUCGCCCGUCCUGCCGAUGCGGGAUGGAGGGGCAGGAGGACGCUUUGGUCAGCCCAUCUUUCCUCGGUCCAGGUCCGGUUCCGAGUCAGAGAGCGAACUGUCCCAGAGCCUGGCCCGGACCAAGAUCCGCUCGUACGGGAGCACCGCCAGCGUCACGGCCUCUUUGGGGGAGAAAUACGUAGAGCAUCGGGUUACAGGCAGUGAUACUCUGCAAGGGAUUGCUCUCAAGUACGGUGUCACGAUGGAGCAGAUCAAGCGAGCCAACAAGCUCUUCAGCAAUGAAUGCAUGUUCCUGAGGAACAGCCUCAACAUCCCUGUGCUGUCGGAGAGGCGCUACAUAUUUAACGGCUUGUCUCUGGAAUCUCCCGACGGGGAGGGUGAACCCGAAUGCCAGGAGCCAGAUGCACCUUGUAUCGUGAUGCAGGAUAUUGAGGGACCCUCACCACCACCGUCUCCACCUCCUAAGGACUCCAAACCCAUCCAGCCAGAGGAGCUGUCAGCCAAAGACUUCUUACACAGACUGGAUUUGCAAAUUAAACAGUCAAAGCAGGCUGCGCGCCGGCUGAAAGAAGAGGAAGUAAGGAGCAACGAAGACAACUACACGGCCCCUACAACGUCGUACCAGGAGACAUGAGAGACUAUUCUGUUGACCUGAGGCCUGAGACACACAAACAUACACGCACACACACACACACACACUGGUGUCUUUCUAUAGUUGUGAAGAAGACCUAAACAUCAUAUAUUUCAUAGCUCUUUACCCUAAAACUCAACUAUAUGUUGAAAAAUGCAACUUUUUUGCAGCACGGGUACAAUUUUUCUUUUUUUAAGUUACGGGUCCAGCGUGUAAGAAACAGUGACAUCUAAUGGUUGGACUGCAGAUUGCAGCAAACGGAGGUGUGUCAGGGAACUACGGUGGCCUUCACGUACCAGAAAAGAUGAGUCUUAGUGAGGAGUCUUAGCUGAUGAGGUUCCCAUAGAUACUGAUGUUUAAAAGUCUUGCUUAAAACGCACGCUGUAACUUAAUGCUGGUCUUAAGUACAUAUUACAGGGUAAUUUUAUAGCUAUGAAAACCAAACGGUAUUUUAGUUGAAAACAAUUAUGAUCUUUAAAAAAAAUACGUCCAAUUUCUGCCAAUAAAACCAACACAAUCUUACACAGUGGACCAUAAAUGGGAUUAUUAUAAAUCAUGAGGCUCAGGAAUGACUGGAGUUUUGCAGGUGCCCUCUUGUGACACUUCCAAAUGAAUCACCAAAUUGGUUGACUUACUGCGAGAGCAUCUAUCACAAGGCAAAGUCGUAAAUGAUCCCAUCACUGUGUGUAAAUUGAGCCUAAUUCUUAAAUUCUUAUCCUAAAACCAAGUCUUAACACUCAGGAAAAACACUUUUAAAGUCGAGGACCGGCCUGAAGGUUGGUUUGAGCCAGAAAUUGUCCUCACAACCAUAGAAAGACACACACACACUUACACACACGUCACUAAAACCUUGCUUUUCCUCUUCUACCCGUCUUUGCUUUCACGAGACCACAGUGAACAAAAAUGUCAUAUCUGCCUUUAAUUUGUCGUUUACGCAUCAUGUUUUUGUACGUUUAGUUUUAUUGGAAGGAAAACGUGAACAACGUCGGCUCAUCAGAGCGCGCAUGUGUCCGUCCGUCUCACCUUCUGCUCCAGAAGCUGCUGUAUAGAUCCCACCUGCUGCAUAUACUGACACAUACUGUAUAUAUACACACACACAUACAUACACAGGAGGAUUAGCUCGUUAGACUUGCUAACUGCUUCUGAAAUCCUUAAUCCUGUCCCUGAAUAGUAACAGUGGGAAACCAUAUUCAGGCCUUCUGCAUCAGUGUUUACCCGGUGCGAACCCGGUCACUUCCCGAUCUGCGCCAGACACCGAAUCAGGGUUCCCACGAGUUUUUCGAAUAUUGCCCUAAAUAGACGGGAGUUAUUGAAUUUUGUGACUACUUCCUGUUACCGCUAAUGUUUUUGUUAAUCGACAUUGGAAUGACUACUAAAAUGAACGAGAACAAGAGAAGGUGUAUUUUAUUUCAUUUCAUGGUAAAAAGGUUAGUGCGGGACGUAGUAAAAAAAAAAUGUCAAAGCCAGUGCCUUUUAUUUUGAAAGCCACGGUGAACCGGCAGUCGGUGGGUUUGUGCGAGGAGCCUCCGCAUUGCUUUUGUUUUUAGCUGCACAUGUAAGCUACAUUACUAAAUAAAUAACUACUACAAAAAUAUAAUAUAACAUUAUUUAACAGGAAGUAGUCAGAGUAUUAGGUGCAGAUCGAGCAGUGACGGGCGGUGGAUGGACUCGAGGCCUUUGUUCCUUUUGCCUCCAUAGAAGCUUUUUUUUUUUUUUCUUUAGGAACAGAGGGAACUGCUUCAUUUCUUUUUGACGUGUGAAUGCAUUAUUUAUGUGUGCGGAGAAGUGUCUGUAACCGCUGUUUUACUGUGCGUUUAAAUUCCAUUUCUGGUUUUAUUUUGAAGAGAAAUAAAUAUGUAUUUAAGCCAAAACAUGA